GAAGAUGGAGAAGAGGUAUAUGUUGUCCCAGUUCCCUGUGUCCUGCAGUGGCAUCGCUAGGGUUACUCCAUCCAGCCACAUAGGCCCAGUGGCACACGUCUACUCAAGUAGCAACACAGAGCUGUGUGUGGAGGUAGAGACGGGCGUGCACCCUCUCACCCGGGACAGCAGCUCCUCUUCAGGGUAUUCCAGCGCCCCCUCCAGCCCCAUGACCCCUCACUCUCUGUCUUUGUCCCGGGAAGGGGUCUUCAACAGGGCCAAGGAGCCACACAGACGGAUGGAGUCAGGACUAGAACUAGGAGAGAAGGACAGGACUUACGUUCUCCUAAACCCCACCGUUACAACAGGGCCUAGUCGGCCCACUGCUCAGGUUCUGCCCGUGCAGAAUGACCCUACUCCCUGCCCCUCCCACAUGAGCCUCCCUCCUCCCUCCCGAAGCCUACAGUCACCAGGACGCAUCCUGGGUUCCCCCUGUAAGCCCCGGCUACCUCCCUUCUGCCCUGAUGAGCGGGCCAAGCCCCUUGGUUCAGGUGUGGCUGUUGGGGUGCGACUGGAGAGAGUGUUCCCUGCCCUGAGUGUGGACAGUAUGGGGUCCCCUCCCCUUCGCCAGGACUCUGCUGGGCCCCGGGGGCCCUCUGGGGUCACUGUGCUGCGCCCCCCUCCAGUCUUGAUGGUGGACACCAGCUCCGCCCUCACCACAACCUCCAACACCCUUCACCACAUCUCACACCCCCCUCUACACCUGCUGGUGUCCCCCUCUCUACGGCAUACUGGACACUACCCAUACCCCUCCUCUUCUGCCUCCUCCUCCUCUUCCUCCUCAUCUCCUGCCUCCAAGUUAGCUUUUCCGUCUGUGGGUGGCGUUCACAUGGGAACUGCGAGCAGUGUUCCCAUGGCAGCGGUGCCAGGCAACACCUACUGUGUGAACAGUAGCGCCGCUGUCCAACCCAGCUCCAGUCCCACCUCCACGGAGACCAGCAUCUACGCUGUCACUUCUGGCUCCACCCCUAACUCCUCUGUCUGCGUCUGCAGCUCUUGUGGCUGCAGUGGGAACUGUGGCUCCUACGGGGCCCUCCCGGCCAGCUACGCAGGGUACUUCCAGCACCCCUUCUCAGGGACGUCAGUGUUCCCCCUGGGGCCCCUGCUUCACCUCAGUCCCCUGCUGGCUGGGAGCAGCACUGCCACCCCCUUCCCCUACCCCUUGGCACCGCCCCUCUACAACAGCAGCGUGUCUCACAGCCACGACACCCAGGGGCAGCAGGGGCUUGUCCUGCCCCCCAUGCAGGGCUUCCUGGGGGCCGGUGCCAACGUGCACAAGCCUCAUGGGGGGGUUGGGAACGGAGGGCAUAGGAAGCCAGGGAGCUUGUCCUGCUACAACUGUGGGGUCACCGGCCAUCGUGCACAGGAAUGCAAGCAGCCACCCAUGGACGCUGCUCAGCAAGGCACGUUCCGGCUGAAGUAUGCUCCCAAAUCAGACAGCCAGGACUCUGGGGACUAAGAACAAGGAACUCCUGUGACCUGUGACCCCUGUGCACAUCAGCACCUUAUGCUCCUCCUGGUGGAGGAGUCCCUUUCAUUUAGGUAACUCUUUGACUCUUUGAACACACUUUGAUGAUUGGUGAAUGAAUGGUGGCCUGAGGCCACUUAACUCGACUGAUGAAAGUCAAAGCAUGGAGUCGGUUUGGAAGGAGCUAUUAACCCCAGUCCAUCUGUAACAUAUGAUUUUGAUCAUACCAAAUAAAAGAGAUGGUCAGGUCUAAACCCUGAGGCCGAGGGUAUACAGUAUUUUCGAAUGGGAAAUGAUUUAGCUGUACAAAACCCACAGUUGAAAAUAUGAUGCAAUACGCCUCACACUACUUGGUACACACCUCAGCCUCACUCAGUCAAUCGGUCAAACUCCACAGACCUAUACCUUUCAUAACAACUCAUGCGGUAUGCAAAGAUGUCCUUUUAAGUCGCUCUGGAGAUGAGUUGGGUGUAUCUGAGAGGAUGCUGAUGUGUGAAUGUAAAGACGUACAGUAUAAUAUGACUGCCAAAUAAUGCACAUUGACUGACUGACUACCAAAUCCUUCUCCUCUGGGACAGAGCAGGUCUGUGAGAAACACAGAGGAAGAGAAACGAGUGCUUUAUUCUACACAUCAUUCGCUGUGGGUACUUUGCCCUAUACAGUGCAGGUAUUAAUGGUGAAAGAAAUGGUGCGAGCAUUCUUAGUUUAGAUUUUAAGAUGUGCCAUUGACAUUUGUGUUGUUUAAUCGUUUAGAAGUUGGAGCAGUCUAAUAUUAUAAUGAUUGUCGAAAUGUGUGUAGGUUUUAGUUGUAUGUAUAAGGUUAUGUAUGUUUGAUUUUAUAAUAGUUGGAUUUGAUGUGAUGAGGUUGUGCUAUGUAAGAGGAUCCUUUUUGAAAAAGAUUUGAUAUUGAAUGUCAGUGAAUGUGUCCUUGAGUUGCCACAAUGGUGUGGCAUGUGAAAGCACUUUUAUGAGACCGGCUGGUCCCAGUCCAUUGGAUGUGAGUGUGACAUGAGGACCGUAGUCCUCAAGGAUGGAGAAGUUAUUAUAGUUUUUUUAUGUUGCACUGGAAUGUUCCUAGCCAGGUCUGGAGGACACAAUUCAGUCAUAAGGGACAUUUCAUUGAAAAUGAUGUUUAUGUACCAAUAAACACUUGCACCGAUUGCUUCAAAUUGGUCAUUAAAGGGCAACUGCACUUCCUAUUUUGGCGUCAUUUUAGAUUUGACUCAUUAAGAAAUGCUCGGGCCAUGACUGAAUUCAAACUGAGUUGGUUUUGGGGUGUGGUUUGAUGUGGGUGUCUUUUGUGUGUGUUCGCAGGUGGGACGAGUUAGCCAAAUUAUUUAGCCAAUUUGCUUCAGCCAGCUUGUCCGGGACCUCUGCAAAGUUGAUUUGACUUUAGAUAGCCUAUCUUCUGGGCUAGUUAGGGACCUUCAAUAAAUGACACAAUAUAAAUUAGACAAUAUUUUCAUGUUGCAGAACUUUUCGUUUUCAUUAAAUGCUUUCAAUAUUUGCAUAUGAAUUUCUACAAUUUAUAGUUGGUUUGAUGUUUUAAGUAAUUGAAAUGUGGAGCUAUUGGAAUUUUUACAUAUUGUCCCUUGUAUAUUGUGUAAUAUACAGAUGGUCCAUAACUAGCCCCAUAGGGAUAUCCAAAGUCAACCCAAAUUUACCACAGGCAUUACGAUUGUGUUGCGUGCAGCUCCACUCUGAAUUUAUGAUUACUUGUGUGCUGUCAGCUGUGGGCACAUGGGCAGGAUUGAAACAAACCCAACCUUCAUUUACAUUGUGAUGCAGUCACGACCACAACACUUACAAAACUCUGUUUUAGACAAGACUGACUUUAUGACCAAAAUGAUCCUAUUUACACUUCGUAGUCAAUUUUGACAGUAUAAUAAAUGUUUCUGACUCAUUUUGAUGCCACAUAGGCUGUUUCUAAAUGAGAAGUUGUUUUUUAGGGGCCGUUGCUCUUUAAGACUUUGACUAAAUCAGGAUCCUUUGGUUGAAACAGGAAACAGAUUUACAGUAGUUCUAUUCUGCUGGGUGUGAUCUGGUCUGAGGACCGAAGAUCAAGGAAUUGUAGGGCACAAUCAAGGAUUGUAUCUGACUAUCUGUAGAGUAUUGCAUGCUAGGGAAUGUUGUAUUUUGUAUAAAAAGUGUCAAAGCUUUGUGGUCAAACCUUUUUACCACAUCUGUACUGUCUAGUUCUCAUGGGAGUAAUAGAGCUUACAGUGAGAACAUUACUGUAACAGUACGCCACAUACAGAACUAGCAUGGACCACGGUCACAGAAUAGACAUGAUUAUUUCUCUGGUGGUGCAUUUGUUUUUACAUUGUGCCUAAUGAAUACACCCUGGUUCAUGCUGCAAACAUUGUGUAAACCAACCGUUUUCAUUAUAUCAUUCAAAUGAAAAAGAGUGAUAUGAUUGACCAUUGGAAAUCAUGUUGGAAAUCAUGUUUGUGCACUAAGCUGUUUAUCCUGGGUUCCUUAGCAACCCUGCAUGGUACAAUCAUUUACUAAAGAAAAUGGCCAUAAUAAAAUGACACCAUAUUUUUGAUUCUGGAACUGGUUCACCUUACUUGGUUCCAAUGAGGUUGUUGUCAAACAUACAUGACAUCCCCCUGUCCAAAAUACAAAUCUAAUUAGCUGGUAUUAUUUGAAUGUAACAUAGCUAUCUUCUUAGUCAAUAGCUAUGCAUGUUGCUUGAUCUCAAGUCAACAUUUUGUGCAUUUAAAAGGAGUUUUAAAACAUUUGGUAUUAUUUUGAAGCAGAUUUGAGCUUGAAGGGCAUAUCACUUGUUCAUUUUUAUGUACAAUUUUUGUAUUGUAUGGUGUAGUGUCUUUAAGAAAUGUUUGUUUUAUAUACUGCAUCAAAAACAUUGUAAAAGACAUUAAAAUGUUUUCGGUUUC